AAAAAAGAAAGGGGGAGACUGCUUUUAGCUUGAUUUGAUGAGGAGGGGGAAAAAAUAAUGCUUUUUUCAGAUGGAAGCAUUUAAUGCUGCUUCCCUCAAGUCUUGUCACCCUCUGCAGUGGGACUCCACUGAUUGACUCACUUUCCUCUUUCUCUCUCUUGCCAAGAGCACAAACGAUUCAAAACACACCCACCAUCUCUCUCUCUCUCUCUUGAUUUCUCUUCUCUCUCUCUCUCUCUUUGAUUUCUCUUGUGUGGUUGCCCCCACACCUCCCCUUCUAUUACUAAUACUGCUACUGCAGCCAUGACUCCCAUGCCUCCCCAUCUGCUCUUUGCCUCGCACGUGUAGACCACUCCGUAGCCAAUGAGGAUAGAGACGGCAGAAGGCUGUUGCGCAAGUGCGGAGCAAUAGUAUGUCUGUCUCCCUCCUCCUCCAACACCAACACCAACACCGGCUCCAGUACCAUUACCAACCACCCCCUCUUCCUUCCUUCCCUCCCUCCCUCCCCCUCCUCUCUACCGCCAUCGUCAUCCCCCUUUCUCUCUCUCGCCCUCGUCGAGAUGGAAUCCGUUCUUCGUCUUACUGAUCUUACUGGAUAGGAAACUUGUUCGUUUUUGGCGAAGAUAAGGGAGAGGAGAGGGGGGAGGGAGAGAAAAUGGGUGACAACAUUGGGGACAGGAGAAAUGAUCACCAUCGUCAAAACUAUCAUCGCCAUCACGAGCAUGAUCAUCGGCAUCAUCAUCCCCAGCACCACUACCGGACCCCAUGUGAUUUCUCCCAAGAUCUCAUCACCACCACCAGCACCACCCACAUGCCCCAUCCUUUUGACCAGCCGUCCCCCUCUUGCUCCUCGACCUCACCCGCCUUCAACCAUCACCACCACCAUCAGCAGCAGCACCAGAACCACGAUGAUGUCUUCUUCCACAACCCCAGCUUCCUCCCCAUGGAAACAAAGGCCUCCCAACCCCUACUCUUGGCACCCGCUGACCUCCUCACCUCAUCCUCCGAUUUCCCUCUCCGCUCCCCCGGCGGCGCCUCCGACUCUCUCACCCUGAAACUGGGCAAACGCCAAUAUUACGAAGAGGCCAGUAGUGGUGGCGUUGGUGGUGGUUUCCCGAAGUUUGGCCUAAUAGAAGACCUCCAGGUCUCCGGUUUCUCGCUUAUGAAGAAGGGCAGAGACUUUCUCCUCCAACCCCACCACCAACCGAUAUCUACGCCACAACCAUCGGCGUUACUGUCUUCACCCUCCGCUGCCGGUGCGCCAGUGCCGAGAUGCCAGGUGGAAGGAUGCAACCUGGGGUUGAUGGGUGCUAAGGAGUACCAUAGGAGGCACAAGGUGUGUGAAAUGCACUCCAAGGCCCCUAAGGUGAUCGUCCAGGGGCUAGAGCAGCGGUUUUGUCAACAAUGCAGUAGGUUUCAUGUGGUUUCUGAGUUCGAUGAUUCUAAGAGGAGUUGCAGAAGGAGAUUAGCUGGUCACAAUGAGCGUAGGAGGAAAAACUCUUCUGAUUCCGUAAAUAGGAAUCAUUCUCAAGACAGUCGUGUAAUGGGUGGCAAGCUUCCGUUGGUGUACAACGCUCCGUCGUCGUCGUCGACGCCGUCUCCGUCGUCAGCCGGACGUGCUCUCUCUCUUCUGUCAUCCAAAAGCACCUCGCCGUCCUGGGCCCCACCCCGCGACCUCUCCUCCCGAUCCAGUGCUGCCCUACGCGAGCUAAUCGCCGAGAACCGGGCUGCUGCCCUCGCCAAGCGAGCCGUGCCACCAGAAGCCGAGUCGGCUCUUUCGCACGCGCCCAAAUCCGACGCCGCUUCGUCCUCGUCGCCCGUUCACUACCAGUACCACCACCAUCAGCAGCAGCAGCAAUUGCAGCACCAACAAUUUUUGUUUGCUCACUCUUACCAUGGACGGUCGCUGCCGGCCGGCCUACACGAGUUCGAGCAGCCGCCGCAGGACUUGCGGCCGGCAGCUGCUACCACUCUCGAUCUUAUGCAAGUGCCCCAUCCGGCCUCCCAACCUCCAACGUUCCAGCUCCUCACUGAGAGGGGUAAUCGUCCCGCUGCUGGUGCAAACGAGGUUGACGAUGCCGACUGUGAGAUCUGGAAGUCAUUUGAGUGAUUAAUCGUUGAUUUUUAUGUUUUAGCGCUGAAGGAAAAUGACGUGGUUACUGCCCUUUGGAUUCUCAUGGCGGAAUCUGAUUGAAACAUAUAUAGUGGCUUCAUGUUAAGCACCUCUUGACAAAAUAACUCUCGUCUCUCUGUCAUUCAAGCAUUCAAUGAGAGAAAUAGAAAGAGGUGCCUUGUGAUA